GUUAGUAAAAAUAAUCAUUCUUCGUUUCGACCUUAUAUCUCCAACUUGUAAGUACGUGUCGUUCCUGUCGUAUUGUUUUAUCUUUCCUAAAUCCGCGUAACAGUAUCGUAACAAUUUGAAAUUAAAAAUCAUGUCUAAAAGCAAACUUCACCAUCAAGGUGACAAUGGUAUUGUCGCAGUGAAAAGCAAAUUUGAUGCAGAUAUCCUAAGGUUCUCAGUCAACCGUAAUGAAGCAAUUAAUUAUGAAGAUUUUAGAAAGUUAUUGGCUGAGCGACAUGAUAUUGGUCCUGAUUUAAGUUUUCUCAUACGGUACACAGAUCCUACAGAUGGUGAUUUGUUACCCAUUAACAACGACAACAAUUUGGCAAGGGCAUUAUUAGCUGCAAAACCUCUGCUUAGAAUUUUUAUUCAAAGAAAAGGAGAUGGAAUAGAGGAAAUAAAUGGAUAUGGAACAAUGAAACCAAAAAAUUUGAUAUCAAGUAUUCUUGGUGGCACUCCUGGAAAACCAAAAUCAUUGGCUAUAUCUAAUCCACAUGAUUUUAGGCAGGUAUCAGCAAUAAUUGAUGUAGAUAUAUUGCCAGAGACUUGUCGCCGUGUACGCUUAUUAAAACAUGGUUCUGACAAACCAUUAGGAUUUUAUAUUAAAGAUGGAGAAAGUUUCCGAUUAUUACCAUCAUCUGCAGGAGGUGGAAUUGAGAAAGUUCCAGGUGUAUUUAUUAGUAGAUUAGUACCAGGUGGUUUAGCUGAAAGUACAGGUCUUUUAGCAGUGAAUGACGAAGUUCUUGAAGUAAAUGGUAUAGAAGUUGCUGGAAAAACUCUAGAUCAGGUUACAGAUAUGAUGAUUGCCAAUUCUUCGAAUCUCAUAAUCACAGUAAAACCAGCAAAUCAACGAGCAGCAUUAGCUGCUCCAAGACGCGGAUCAUUUUCACGUAAUAGUCAAAUGUCAUCAGGAAGUCAUCAAUCAAUACAGAGUGCUGCAACUGGUAGUGACGAAGAUGCAGAUGAGAUUGCAGACUUGACUGGUGUCACAUUACAAGAUGAUGCAACAACUUCCCAACAUCAUCAUUAUCAUCACCAUCAUCAAAAUCACUUUAAUCAUGAUCAGGGUGUCUUACAUUUGUAAAUUGUUACAUAUUUUUGAAACAGUCGGUCCCAUUCAAAUAAUCAAAGGUAUUUAUUUUGAAUUUAGACCCAUUGUUAAAUGAAUUGAAAAAAAACUUGUUUAUAGAUUUAAACUAAAGAUAUUUAAAUUUAUUUCGAAACUUAUGGACUAUUUACUUACAAGUUAGAUUUAAACUUAUAGAAGUUUUAAUUAAAGAGUGUUUGCAAUUAUGACGAAAUUUUUGAUCAAUUUUUGAUCGUCAAAAGCGCAUCUCUUUUAAGACAGUUUUUUGUCUAUUGUCCUUAGAGUGGUAGAAGUGUUGAAGAGAGAAAAUGAUAUUGAACAUCUUUAGGACAUUUUACACUUACUAUUAUAUGUUGAACCAAGUGUAGACAAUUGUUUUUUCAGUGACAUGAGAAGGCAUAGAAAAUAUAAAUCAACUACUUCGAUGUCUAAAAAAUUUACAAAAGAAAAGGAAAAUUUCGUGUAUUUUCAAAUGGUGCAUCCGAUUCAUAUGUGAAAAUAUUUAGACAAAAUAUGGAAAGUUUUUUUUAGUUAUCACAUUACUCUUCUUAUAAGCAAGAGAAAUUUGGAUGGUUACAGUUGUAACAUAACAUAAAAUUUAUCUUACACCAUGCUCAAUUGAAUAUUAGUUUAGAUAUUUAUCCAUCCAAAAAAAAAGUAUUUAUAGAAAUAAGUAUAAAUAUAUACAUGACAAUAAGAAAUUAACAUAUUAAAGAGAAUGCAACAUUAUGAAAUCAUGGUAGCUAUUGUUUACAUAGCUUAAUAAUAAUUUAGUUA